UCCCCCUACAGAUUUUUCUAUUAUACAAUCUCGACACGCAUCUUUACACCAACUCUCCUACCACCAUUGCUCUUACAGGUCCGUUCCAUCCUCUUUCCCAACAAUACGCUCGGCCCACCAGCACCUCCCCCACCAUCUACCGAAGAACGAAUUGCAAUCAAACGAAAGGCCGCCGCCGACAUUCUUGGCUUGCUCCCCAACAGAGUUGCGAAGACACUUUUGAUGCACGAUAGCGAAGAAGCAAGAGUGGACGAGAUUGAAGAAGAGAUACUGGGCUGGAGCGAUGAUUUGUGGUUGAACAAGUAUCUGAUCUAUGGGAUUCUGGAGCUUGUGUUGUGUAGAAUAUGUCCAGAGAUGAGGGACAAAUUGCCGUCUGAAUUGCUUGCUGAACGGGGC